CACGAGGUAGGUCUCCAUAUAAAUAUGGAGGUUCUGCCAAACACUGAUUAGUACCUGUAAUAUAAUUUAUGUGUCUCUUAACAGGAUGUACAAAGAAUAGGGGCAAUGGCUAAGAAAAGGAAGGCAACGUAUGUAGGGAGUGGAAAGGAAAACUCUAAGCCACAGGUUGGUAAAGAUAUAUCAAAAUUGGCAUCGGCACAACGUGCGCAACGGGAAAGAGAACGAAACCUAAAGCAAAGCACUACUCAACGAUCAGAACAACACCUGCUAUGGGAUACUAGGACACAACCUCUACACGAAAUAAAUAUCGGGGCUACCCGUGAUGAGCACUGUGCCAACAUUGGCAACAACCUCCAUAUUCGUGAGGAUACACAAAGGGCGAACACAAUUGCUCAGGCAAGGCAGAAGUCAAGUUAUGCAGAUAAGGGGAAAGGACUUCUCACCUAUGCUAUUGAAAAAGAUUCUUUGGUAUUAUUCCUGCACAAUGCUUUGUGUCUUUCCAAAAAGUCUGUUGUGUGGAUUAUUUGGAGUUUAAACAAAUUUGAAAUUAUGUGCCAUAAUUAUUAUUUACCUAACAAGUUUAUAGGAAAAUUGAGCAUUUGUCUUCAACAACCAUUACCACUGAAACCAAAUCCAGAUGUAUAUACUGAAAACUUAUCUUUGAACAAGAUUUGGCAAUCCAACUUUAGAGGAUUUGUCAGAGAAAUGCUUCCUAAUGUAGGUAUUGAGACGACUCAGUUUGAAGGCAUAGUUCGUUAUGAAGCAGGGGUUGGUGUUGCAGAUGGGAGAAACUGCAUAAGAGAGCUACGGAGAAAUAUUGCAAGAUGUGAGGUCCUCCUGCUAUUACUAGAGGGAGAUGAGAAUAGAGGAUUUGAUUAUGGUAAGAAGUGGAAAGAGAUACGAAUGGGUUGA